UAUAGAUCGGCCGCAGUAUCCGCGGAGACGCGAUCACGGGUACUCGGCGUGCCUGGGCGUGCGCUCUCGGGGGGUCUCUUCCCCGAAUUGCGGAAUAGCGCAACGAGGGUUUGUCGGAACCCGAACAGUGUUCAAGUCCUAAAUCGUCGUCCGGAUUGUUGUGAUAUUCUGUGAUUUACGUGCGCGGCAACAGCGCGGGCCACGGCCCGAGGUCGGGUCCGAUGGAGAUCCUCGUCCCCGAAGAGCAGCUGUUCCGGUGCUCCCACCGCCAGUUCGCGGUCCGGAGGAUGCUGGCGCGCGAGUAUCGGCAAAGAUCCCGGGAAGUGUCGAGCAACGUGUGAGGACGUCGCGUUGACGUUUCUUCCAGACGAGCGGGUAUUCACGUGGACGCUAAUUUGACUCUUUGGAAUCGCGUCGAGCCCGACGUCGAUGAUGCCGCGACCCUCGCGCGAUACCUACGGUGACCAGAAACCGCCCUACUCCUACAUAUCGUUGACGGCGAUGGCGAUAUGGUCGUCGAGGGACAAGAUGCUGCCGCUCGCCGAGAUUUACAAGUUCAUCGCCGACCGCUUCCCGUACUACAGAAAGGACACGCGACGAUGGCAGAACUCUUUGAGGCACAAUUUGUCCUUCAACGAUUGCUUCAUCAAGGUGCCGCGCGGUCCGCAUCGGCCGGGAAAGGGAGCCUACUGGGCGCUGCAUCCCGCCGCAUUGUCCAUGUUCGAGAACGGCUCGCUCCUCCGCCGACGGAAACGAUUCAAGCUGCACAAGCCGGACAAAGAGCUGCUCAAGUCCGAGCUACAGGCCCUCGCCUCGGCGAUGCCGCCGCCGUUGCCGCCUCCACCUCCGCCGCCGCCGCAGCCGCAGCCGCAGCCGGAACCGGUCGCGAGCACCGGCGGGAUCGGCGUCGGGGACACCGGCGCGACCUGCUCGGGCAACGGUCUCAGCCUGGCGAACCUCCAUCGUCUGCGGGACGACCUUCUCCGCUGGGAGAUGCAGGAGAGGCGGAUGAUGGUCGCCAAUCACAGCGACUUCGCCGGCGCGGCCAGCUUCGGCCGCUUCGACGGCACGUCCGGUCUGCCGACCGGACCGGCCGCCCCGGAAGCCGUCACCGCCGGCUACUACUUGCUGUCACCCGAGGUCAGGCAGAGACUGACGGGCGGCACCGACGGCGGCAACGAGAUCCUCAGGACUUACGAGGCGGCCGCGUUGCUGCACUCCGCCGCUUCCUGGAACUUCCCCGGCUUCCCGACAGUCUCGCCGUCGUACGCGGUGUCGCAGCUGCCCUAUCUGCAACAGACCACCGUCAACAGGUCGCAGACUAUUCAUCCGGUGACGCGGGAGAUCCGGGACGAGCGCCGGGGCGACCGUCCGCUGGAGAACGGGCCGGUGAUCGUCGCCAGGGACAACGAGACGGUCUUCCCGGGGGAGAGCGCUUACGAGAUCACCGGCUACAAUCGCGACAAACUCGAGGAGGAGCCGCUUUCGUCGCCCUCGUCCUCGUCCUCGUCGUCCAGGAUGAAUCUCUACCGGAGUAUCGUCGUGCCCGUCGCCGCCUCGCCGCCGCCGACGUCGCCGAUCUCGCCGACGUCGCACGCGUCCAAGUCGUCGUCGUCGUAUCGCCACCUGUCGCCCAUCUCGAGUCUGGUGGUGGAGGUCGAGCGCACCCAAUUGCCCUCCGGUCGCGAGGACCCGGUCGCGGCCACGGUCCUUCUGACCACGUCCAAUCCCGAGAAGAGGGUGAAGAAACCCUUCACCAUCGAGAACAUUAUCGCGCCCGAUGAUAACAACGAGAGCAACGGCGAUGGCGGUGGUGGCAUGGGCGUUAAUGCCGGUGUCGGCGACGAGGAGAUGGCCAGCUCGAGGCUGUCCGACGAGUCGAUCGCGAAAAAGUCCUCGCUCCUCGUCCCGAGGCCGCUCUACGCCGGGUACACCAUGUCGAUCGCGACCACGGGAGUUCAGAGGCCUUCGUACGGCACCGCCACCUGAAUACCUGCCCGUCGGUUCGUUACAUCGGACGGAAUAAUCGAACAAAGUCCACGAGAAACGUCCUACGAGCGUCCGUUCCCAAGAUUCAGAGAAUCACCUCCCUUCGCCGCGCUCCAUGGACACAUAUUUUAUGCCAUCCGUGUAUACAGGGUGUCCCAGACUUAACGGAUCAUCCGUUGAUGGUAGAUUCCUGAGGUCAUUUGGAAACGAAAAUCUUAAUACCAAAAUGUUGAGGAAGAUGUAGUUUCGGCGCUAUACAAGAUUCAAGAUUACCAAUCAGCGCGUUUCGUUCUCCUACUCAGGGACUAGCGCAUCAAGGGGCCCGCGUACAGCGCGAUAAUAUCGAUAUCGAUAGAAGGAUGAAUAUAAAAUGAAAAAUAGGAUGGAUAAAAAAUAGGAAAAAUAGGACACUAGUCAGUAGUUUGGACAUUUUUGUGAAGUCUUCCUCAACAUUUUGAUAUUAGAAUUUUCGUCCGCAAAUGAUCUCAGGAAUCUACCAUUGACGGCUGAUUCGUUAAGUCUGGGACACCCUGUAUACGCCUGGUAUACCCUGUACUGCGCCUUCGCUUAUCUAAUAUUCUCCAGGAGACAAAGAGAGAGAAACUCUUACCACUCGACAAGACAGACGACGUUCCCUCGUUAUAGCUGUGACCGAAUCGGGUUUAAUGUUCAUACAUAUGUAUAAAGUGGAUGUGUGUUACUUCUCCCUCGUUAGAAAUGUGUGAAAAAAAUCCGUUUCGAUGCCAAAUUAGAUAAGCAAAGGCGUAAUGUAUUGUACUUACGAGAAUCCGUCGAGAAGGAUCCGCGAGAAUCUCUUCGACUCUGAAAAGUUGCUCUUUACGACUUCUCGAAAUAGACAUUGUCUUGUCCAGCGAGACAAUGGGAUUCAAAAAAAGAGAUGAUCGUGGACGCUUUUCGCCUCGAAUCGCGACGCGAUCGAUCGGCUGUAAUCGCUGCGAUCCUCUGUCCAAUUCGCGAACGGUAGACGUGACGCAAAUUAUAGGGAGGCAUCGUAUAGACAACGCGUUAGAGUUCCUCAUUUCGUAAAUACCGUCUUCUUUUAUCGAGAGAUAAAAGCUUUGCUUGCUGAUAUUGGUUUUCGUCGCAGGAGUCGCUUAGUCUCGAGAAAUUUACGAGCUGUCCGGGCAGUUAACAGUUAUAGUUACUCGUAAUCUACGACUAUUUUAUGACACGCGAAGGCGGUCAGUUGAUUAUUGUCAACCGCGAUACUCCGAAAAUAUGUAAUUAACUAAUUAGACGAUCUCUAAACGAUUAAGCGCGGGCGCGAGCACAGAACACCAACGUUAGAUUUAAUAUAUAAAUUUAACAGUGUAAAAUUAACUUUGCGAUAUACAGGCGUAUCGCAUAAGGUGUCAUAAGGUGUUUUCUCCGAAACUAUUAAAGGUAGCGAGGAUAUUUCUUUUUGCAAUUUUUAUGGGGCCUUUUAAAAUGACAGAUGGGGAACCGUCGCAAAUCUCUUAAAAAAAAGAUUUAAAAAGGCGAU